AUGCAGCUCUCUGCUCUCCUCCUCAGCACUCUGUUUGCCUUGGGCCUCCACGCCGCCCCCGUCGCAGACGAAGCUGGACAGAGCGAGGUCAUCGACGGAAAAAAGAUCUUUGAGCGAUCAGGUCAGUUGUGUCGAGUGCUCAGCGAGCAUGUCAACUGUCGCUAUGGCCCCGGCACAAACUAUGAUGUCAAAGUUGGACUAUCCUCGUCUUGGACACGCGGGUAUUACUUCACCUGUGUGAAAUCGGGGGAGUGUAUUACGUUGAACGGCGCUGUUAACUGUGGCUGGGAUUAUUUUGAGGAGGAUAGGUGCUAUGUCAGUGGGCACUAUACUGACAGCUCUUGCACGCUGGCCAAGCUUGGACGUUGUUAA